AUUAAGACCACAAAUGUGUUCUCGUGGCGUAAAAAAAUCCAACUUCAGGCUUUUCUGUGGGUUUGGAAGCUGAAAGGCCUCAAUUUGGAGAGGGAAAAGACAUGAAAAAAACACCCACACGUCUCAGCAGUAUGCUUUUAUCUACAAUUCACAUAAGUGCUUGGACGUGGGUUUUUAAUGCCACGAGAACUCAUUAGUGGUUAUGAUAUUUCCCUUCAUACCCUUCAGCCUUUGUUAGACUCAUCACUGGGUACUUCCUUCUAGAAACAGACAGAUUUCUGGCUGAAAUUCCCUCCAUUAAUCAAAACAUUGGCUGCUUUGUGUUUGGUGAAAACUGUCACGUGUAUGAUCUGGUCUGGGUGUUGAGUGGUUGAGAGGUUGCUGAUUUCUGGCAGUUGAUUGUCUAUCAUCACAAACAGGACACAAGGCAGAUUUAGGCAGUAGGCUACAGUGUACCUUCACAUUUCCCCAACAGUUUUCUCAAAGGUUUUAGUAUUUUAUUACCACACAUUGAGAAGGGUUUCCUAAGACAGCAGAGAUGUUUUAUUAAUCUUUCAUAACUAUAUGCUUUAUACACUCUUCACAAAGGUCAGAGGUCAGUUACAGAACAGUGCCUGGUGGAACUGGUCUAGGUUCAGUUCACCAGAUAUUUCUUUUUUUGUUGUGCGCAUAUUAAACCUGUCUUUACUUCUUUAUCUCUUUCUCUGAUUAACCAGGAUGAGGUUGUGGUCAUGGGAACAGUGCGGGGAGACGGGUGUGGUCCUGCUGGGCUUCCUGACACUGGCAGUGUCUAUGGGGAACCUGUCCACCAGGGGGCUGCAGGAGGAUGGCGUGGCGUCCAACAGUCUGGAGGAGGAGCUGGAGGUGACCACGUACUGGUGGGGGGAGUGGGCCAAGUGGACAGCCUGCACUCGUACCUGUGGAGGGGGAGUGAUGUCACAGGAAAGACAUUGCCUCAAACAGAGAAAGAAAGUUGCUGCUGGGAAGGACAACAUGACCUGUACAGGAACUGCUAAGAAAUAUCAUCUCUGCAACACUAAAGAAUGCCCUGCCACUGGGAGGAGCUUCAGAGAGGAGCAGUGCUGGUCCUUCAACUCCCAGCUUUACAAUGGGAGGAACUACCAGUGGAAACCUCUGUAUCCUGACGACUACGUUCACAUCUCCAGCAACCCCUGUGACCUCCACUGCACCACAACUGAUGGCCAGAGGCAGCUGAUGGUGAUGGCGCGAGACGGCACUUCCUGCAAGUACAGCAGUUACCUUGGUGUCUGCGUGGAUGGUAAGUGUGAGCCAAUCGGAUGUGACGGAGUACUGUUUUCCUCCAACACCUUGGAUAAGUGUGGGGUCUGCCAGGGGGACGGCAGCAGUUGCAGCAGAGUCACUGGAAACUUCCGCCGUGGGGCCAUGACACUGGGUUACUCUUUUAUCACUCAAAUCCCUGAAGGAUCAUGGGACAUCCAGAUCAUUGAGAGAAAGAAGUCGGCCGAUGUUCUAGCUGUGACUGACCAAGCGGGCAACUUCUUCUUUAACGGGGCCUACAAGGUUGACAGUCCCCAGAAUUUUCACGCAGCAGGAACCGUUUUCAAGUACCGUCGGCCCAUGGAUGUCUACGAGACCGGGAUCGAGUACAUUGUCGCCAAAGGCCCCAUCGACCAGGCCAUCAACAUUCUGGUGUGGAACCAGAACGGUCGCACACCGUACAUCACAUACGAAUACACCGUCCUCCGAGACUCCCUUCCACCCGUCCCACCUCCUCCCGUCUACACAGGCUCAGACACCUCAGCCGGGGAGGUUUCUGUGGAGGUGGGGGGUCUGCUUUCCCCUAACAACAGUGUAUACAACCAGGCGGGUCCUGAGGGCCAGUUGGAACCAGGAGGUGCCGAGGGACAGAAGGGCCAAGAGACCAAUGAGGUGUACGAGGAAACAGCGGCCAUAGACUGUGACCAGGAUGGAGCAGCUGACCCAAAAUAUUCAGAAGGAAACAGCAGCCAUACAGGCAGCACUGCUAACCCUGCCCCUGCUGGUGGGCCCCUGGAUAUGGGGCCAGACUCCCCAAAUCUCAUAUGGAGGGUCCUGCUGGAUGGCCGAAUUGGCCCUGAUGAGCUGCUCAUCAACAUCUCAACCAAUCAGCUGCUGACGGAGGGAGACAGUUUGUUCUCAUCAGAGAUGGGACCAGCAGAGCUGGACCUGAGCAGCCUGGAGCAAGACGGCCCUUUUGGUCUGAACGAGACGCUGGAGUUUACUCUGGGUCGCAAACGCAACGACAGCGGAGACAGUUCCUACCACAACAAAACAGUGCAGAGUGGGAGGACCUCCAGCCGCUCCAACAGAACCAGGGGAAAUCAAAGGAACUACCAUAAGAACCUGAAGCUGAGUGCUGCUGACAUGUACCGCUGGAAACUGUCCUCUCAGGAGCCCUGCAGCAUGACCUGCUCUAUAGGAGUAUCAAAGUCCUUUGUAACAUGUAUUCGUUAUGAUGGCGUGGAGGUGCACGAUAUGUACUGUGAUGCUCUGACCCGACCGGAGCCGGUCCAUGACUUCUGUAUUGGCAGAGAAUGUCAGCCCAGAUGGGAGGCGAGCAGCUGGAGUGAGUGCUCAAGGACCUGUGGGGAGGGUUUCCAGUUUCGUCAAGUUCGCUGUUGGAAGAUGCUCUCGCCCGGCCUGGACAGCUCGGUCUACAGUGACCUCUGCACCAUGGCCGACCUGGAGAGACCUGUGGAGAGACGACCCUGCAAGAGCCCCGCCUGUGGCCCACAGUGGGAGGUGGCAGAGUGGACCGAGUGUCCUGCUAAAUGUGGCCGCAAAGCCCAAGUGACCCGUGAUGUCCGCUGCUCAGAUGAGACCAGACCAUGUGACCCCAUGACUAAACCACCAAACAUCAAAAACUGCACCGGUCCACCCUGCGAGCGUCACUGGACCGUGUCUGAGUGGGGGCCUUGCUCGGGGGCAUGCGGCCAGGGGAAGAUGGUGCGUCAUGUGUACUGUAAGGCUCCGGAGGGUCGCGUGGUUCCUGAGAACCAGUGCUCUGUGGAAAACAAGCCACUGGCCAUCCACCCCUGUGGGGAGAGAGACUGUGCUCCACACUGGCUGAGCCAAGACUGGGAGAGGUGUAACACAACUUGUGGGCGUGGCAUGAAGCAAAGGACCGUCUUGUGUGCCGGCAUCAGUGGAGGAAAGUUCCAGAUCUUUGAUGAUGAGGCAUGUGGAGGCAACGAGAAGCCUGAAGAGGAAAACACCUGCUUUGAGAGGCCAUGCUUCAAAUGGUACACCACCCCCUGGUCUGAGUGCACUAAGACGUGUGGUGUGGGUGUGAGGAUGAGAGACGUGAAGUGUUACCAGGGCAGAGAGCUGGUCCGAGGCUGCGACCCCCUCACCAAACCAGUGGCCAAACAGACCUGCACCCUGCAACCCUGCCCCACUGAGCCGCCAGAUGAGAGCUGCCAGGAUCGUCCCUCCACCAACUGCCUGCUGGCACUGAAGGUCAACCUGUGCAGCCACUGGUACUACAGCAAGGCCUGCUGCCACUCCUGCCGCACCGUACGACCUCCAAUCUCCUAGUCCAGGACAGCACGGCUUCUCUCCACGUCGACUCUUAACUCCAGCAUGAGGAAAGAAAUGGGUACAUUUAUGUACAUGUGGUACUGCAGUUUCUCUGAACAGAGAGGAAGCUGAAAGUCAGAGAUGGAAGCUCCUACCUUUUUCAAUAAAGCUUCCUCCAAUAACUUGGAUUUAGAUCGGUUCUUUAAAUAAAAGACUAGGUAAAUUAAAUCGGGUCAUCUUGAUAUCAGACAAAAACAUUUUGUCAGUCCUGUUGAUAACAUCAACAGCAACAUUCGUACAUAAAAUGUAAACACUUAUUCUCCAUUUGCUCUUUUUCUUAUUUCAUAUCAGUUUCAUUUUCCAAACACAGACUGUAAUGUGUGUCUGGUUUAUUUGGAAUAAAUAGAGAAAGAACUGGACGAGAAACUAUUUUUAUUUUGAGAAGACUACUCAAGUUUGGAUUAGUUUGUCUUGUGUGGAGAGGAUUUCUCAGAUAUUAACCAGCACAGUGUGUAUGUGCCUUGAGUACCCACAGCAGCCUUUCACCUCAAGACCUCUGAAACAGUUCAAAACAGAAUCAGGAAACAUACAGUACAUUUAGUUAAGAAAAUGACUUGUCCAAAAAUAUCUGUGUUUCUCAAGACUCCAUGUUGAGCCCCACAGCUGCCCCUCCCCUCACUCCUUCACACCAUCACAUGAUUAUUAAAUUAAAAAGAUUCUCAUCAAACUGUAUCUUUACCAUAAAGGCAGUCAUUAUCAGCUGUUAUUGAUUAUUUAUCUUCCUCUAACACCAUGUGGAGUUGGAGAAAAAGUGGAGUCAACACUCAAACGGUCUUACAGACCUCCAUCAUCAGCUAGCAGCGUGCUCUUGUUGUGUUCAUCGCUGCAGUGAAAAGAUGUAUUAAAUUAUUUCUCAACGGAAUAUACUGCAUGACUAGAAUAUUUAAUACAGAUACUGUUUAUGAAAUAUUAUUUAAUUGUGUUUCAGUUUGGUGUCUGGCAUGUAAAAAGUUUAUAUUUCCAUUCCACUCCCUGCCGCUUGGCGCCAUGCCGGUACGCCUGCAGGAUAUGGAAGCAUAUUUAUUAGUCAUAGCACAUUUUCAUUUAUCGUGACGCUCCUGAUGCCAGCCGAUGGUUAUUCAUCGGGUCAACUGAUGCCAGUUCUGGUCUGUGUGUGUGACAGAGAAGCAGAGAGUUAAUACAAACACAGAAAGAAACAUUCCUGACACUUGAAGUAUGGUUGAAAUGUAUUCAGACGUGUACAUGUAUGUCUCAUUUUUAACUAUUGUGUACUGUGUUUUUAUAUAACUGAUACCUCUUUGUACAAAACUAAGUAUG